UACAUCUCCCAGGCUCCUCUCUUUAAGGGGCAGGCAGUCAUGCGGAUGGAAACAGGAGUGGGCAUCCGCUUCGCUGCACGAAGAAGAAACUUUGAGGAAAGAUGCACGAAGAGGAGGAUGGCAGCGAAGCAAACUCCUGUAGAGCUUCUCGGAUUGUUGCCUCCAGAUCUGUGGAAGUGGCCGACAGCGACGCAGCGAAGGAGCAGGCCUCCAAACUGUGUGGAUACCUGAACAAACUGUCCGGCAAAGGGCCUCUGAGGGGGUACAAGCCGAGAUGGUUCGUGUACGAUCCGAGGAAAUGUUACUUGUAUUACUUCAAGACUCCCCAAGAUGCCUUGCCGCUCGGGCACAUCGAAAUCGGCGAUGCGAGCUUCAGCUACGAUGUGGAGGGGGAAGAGGGCCAGUUUGAGAUCCGCACCGCCGGGAAGGAGUUCCUGCUGAAGGCCCCCAGCAGGCAGGUGAUGCAUUUCUGGCUCCAGCAGUUACAGCAGAAGCGUUGGGAGUACAGCAACACACGAGUCUCCGGUCGGAGAGACAGCUGGAGCUCCCCGACUAUGGCCUACCCCCCCACCGGCCUCGUAGGCAAAGAAGAUGCGCUCGUCUUUGAGAAGCUAAGUGAAAGCAUGGAGAAGGUCCGCCACGACUUUUCUCUGGAGACAGAAACAGAUGGUGGAGGGAUGGUGGGGAUCCAGUCAGCCCGGGGGGGGCCUUCUGCCGGGUCGACAAACCCCCUCAACUUCUCCAUCAGAAACUUCGGUACAGAACUCAGGAACUCCAUGUCUUAUCUGCGGCCGGGCAGAGGAGGUGAGAGCAGACGCAGUAUGUUUUACACCAACAGCAGCAACAGUGCGGAGGAGUGGGAGAUCGUGGACACUCCAGCCAAGGACUUCGCCGAACAGAAACAUCCUCCAGACACUCACAGAAAUUCCUUUGGGUCAGCGUUUACAUUCGACUUUGUGCGCAACUCAGCGCGACCCAGGAAGUCUUUGCUCAGAGACAAGAUGGGCUCUGGGAGGUUCGGGCGCUCCACAGAGACGCGCAGUGCAGAGAACUCCCCGGUGGAGUGUAACGGCAACAAACCUUUGGAGAUGCAGCUUCGCCUCCAGAGCCAGCAGGAAGAGCUGAGCCGCAUGCAGCAGGAUCACGCCAAUCUCAGAGAGGAACUGGCCAGUCAGAAGGAGCUGGUGAGGCUCCUGCAGCAGACCCUGAGGACCUCACAGUACGACAGGCAGCCGGUUCACCGUCCAGCCCCGGCUCCAGAUCCAUCCGCAGCUUCAGACCAGAUUCAGGGUCCGGUCGUAACCCAGGAAGGGGUCGCCCAGGCGGAGGCCCUGCUUCAGGAGAAAGACGGACAGAUCCAGGCCCUGUGUGCCCACAUGGAGCGCCUCGCCUUAGAGAAGGAGAGUCUGCAACAAGAGCUGAAGGGCCUGAAGAUAAAGGUGGGGGAGAUAAACGACCAGCUGGGGAUGCUGAUGGAGACCAUCCAGGCCAAAGAUGAAGUCAUCAUCAAACUGUCGCAGGAGGGCUCCGAGCAGAGCGGCAACCCAGACAACGGUUCACCCCCUCCCUACAAAGAUCAGCAGGAGGUAGACAUCCUCAAGGACAGUCUUCAAGGCUACAAAACCCAGAACAAGUUCCUGAACAAAGAGAUCCUGGAGCUGACCGUGUUACGCAGGAAUGCAGAGAGCAGAGAAAAGACCUUAGAAGCAAAGUAUACGUCCCUGGAGGCCAAGCUGUGUCAGGUGGAGAGUAAGUAUCUGGUGCUGCUUCAAGAAGUGAAGAACCCAGUGUGUUCGUCUUCAGAGCAGAGCCCAGCCCGCGAGGUCAUCUCCAGAUUACUGGAGGACGCGCUGCAGGUAGAGAGCUCCGACCAGCAGGACCACCUCAUCUUCAAACCAAAUACUGUCAGUGAGUAUGACACGUUCGGCUUCAAAACCGUCCCUGAGGAGGAGGAAGAGGAGGAGAAGCUGGAUGCGAAGGUGAGAGCUCUGGAGCUGAAGUCCCUCUCCAUGACGGAUCAGGAGGUGUCUGUCGGGGUGAAGUGGGAGAACUAUCUGUCCAGCAUCAUGAACAGAGACAUGGUGCGCUCCCCUGAGCUCAAGGCCCUGUUUCGGAGCGGCGUUCCCCAUGAGCACCGCUCCAAGGUGUGGCGCUGGUGCGUUGCCUUCCAUGUCAAGAAGUUUAGGGACCACCUGCCGGCAGACUACUAUGAGACCCUACUGAACGUGGCCCGGGACAAGCCCAACCCGGCCUCCAAGCAGAUCGAGCUGGACUUACUGCGCACUUUGCCCAACAACAAGCACUAUUCCUCCCCGAGUGCCGGCGGGAUCCAGAAACUCAGGAACGUCCUGAUGGCUUUCUCCUGGAGGAAUCCGGAUAUCGGCUACUGCCAGGGACUCAACAGGCUGGCAGCUAUUGCCCUGCUCUAUCUGGACCAAGAGGACGCCUUCUGGUGCCUUAUAGCCAUUGUGGAGGUCUUCAUGCCAAGAGACUAUUACACAAAGACUCUGCUUGGCUCACAGGUUGACCAGCGUGUGUUCAAGGAUCUGAUGUGUGAGAAGCUCCCCCGGCUUCAUGUCCACUUCGAGCAGUACAAGGUAGACUUCUCCCUCAUCACCUUCAACUGGUUCCUGGUGGUGUUUGUGGACAGUGUGGUGAGCGACAUCCUCUUCAAGAUCUGGGAUGCCUUUCUCUACGAAGGUCCAAAGAUCAUGUUUCGCUGCGCCCUCGCUCUCUUCAAGUACAAAGAGGAAGAGUUUUUGAAGCUAGAUGAUUCCACAGCUAUCUUCAAAUAUCUCAGAUACUUCACACGCACAAUCCUGGAUUCAAGGAAGCUGAUGAACAUCGCUUUUGGGGACAUGAACCCGUUCCCAAUGCGGUCGAUCCAGAACCGCCGCUCCUUCCACCUGGAGAAGGUCCGUCUGGAGCUGACGGAGCUGGAGGCCAUCAGACAGACCUUCCUCCGGGAGAGAGAGACGACUCAGGACAGGCGGAGCUUCGUCAGUGACGAUGAGGAGGAUAACUGAGGUUAAGCCUGCUGCUGAAGUAUGAAGACGUCAUGUCUAGAAGUCCCUGAUGUGUCGCAGUUGAAAAGGGAAGUUUCCUAAAGGAUUGUUGGAGUUGUUUUCCGAGACAGACUAAUCAACUUUUCUACAUUUUGAUUGAAACUGCAUCAAAAGGCCAAAACAUUACAAGCCGUAUGGGCUUUCUAUCAGUAUUCCUGCCAUUUAGAAAAAAAGAAAAUCGUUAUUAUUAUAUGCUUCAUCAUGUUUCUUCCACUUCAAUGCCAAACUUUACUUUUGCCGUCUGAAUCAGUAUUUCUUUUUUCAACUUGGCUGUGAUCUUUUAAUCUUCGGCGAUUCUGUGCCCGUUGAAGGAUUGAUUGUAUUGUAAUUUUUCUUUUGUUUUACUUUUUGCUGUCUCUGCCCCAAUUCAUUUCAGACAUAUCUUCAGAUUGUUUACCUUAAUCAUUCUUUUUAUAUUUUCCCGAUGCCACUCAACAACACACUUUUGUGUUUUAUCCUUGUCUAUCAAAUGCACUUAAAUCACUUAUGCUGAAAUUCAAAAUGCGCUGAAAAGUCUUAGAGCCUUAUGAUCACAGUCGUUCCACAUCGUGCAAGAAUACACACAAAGGCGUUUUCAAGAAUCCCAUGUAUUAAUUAUUAGUAAAACAGCAACAUUACGAGGAAGAAUUUUCCCAUUUUAUUAUCUCAGGAUUCAGAUUAAAUAACUUCCAAAUUGUGAGAUAAUUUUUUGUUAUAUCAUUUUAAACUUAAAUUCCACUUAAUUACUCAAUGUUCCCAAAGACAUGUCUGACAAACGAAUACUUGUUUACAUCUAAAUUUGCGCUUAAACUUUGUAAAAAAAAAGUAACAGGCAGUGGAUUUGGUUUUAGAAAUGACCGGUCUGACCAUUUUAUUUGACGUAUUCUAAGAUAUGUGAAUUUAGAGUAAUUUUCCAUGACUUGUUUUUAGUAAUGUCUUAAUUUUUCUAAACAUAAAUUGGGUUUGUUAGGUGUUUAAAGCGUUCAAUUUCCCCUUAUUUUGCCAGAUAUACAUGCAUAAUGCUGUUAUUUCUCCUCUGAUGUAUUUGCAUCUCUUGUCCACAGUGUGGCAGUAUAACAUUGUGUCUCGCUUGUGUUUACAGUUGUUCACAGGUACCCUCCACACAGUAUGAUUUAUACAGUUUAUUAUACUGUACUGAUAAAAUGGCUGUGUAGUCCAUCUGCCGGUAUGAUUGUUUGUGAAAAAUUGAAAUAUGAUUUGUAAUCUAUGAGGGAAGUGUUUCAGGAUAUUUCAAGACGUGUGUAGCAACAUCUUUCUUCCACAUCCAGGUAGCCUACUUACAAAAGACAGUUGACUUUAGCACUGUGACAGUAUUCUAUUUUACGACAUUUAUUUGUUUUACAAUGUAUAAUGUUUAACAGACCCGCCCGUUGCGGAAAACGGAUCUACAGUACUUGCUUAGAAAGAAACCAUGUUUAUAUUUGGUAAAUCCACAGUGGAAAACUGUUGUUUGAAUGGGAAUCUUCAAGACAGGGAGACAGACAUGUAAUUACUUAGCCGCUUCUCUUGUAUGCUGAUAUAUUGUUUACAGUUACUGUUAUUUUUACGUUACUUUUAAGCUGUUUACAGAUUUUCCUUGCUGUACGUUAUAUCAUUGACUUCCCUUUCUCUACAGAUCAGCUAGCAUCAUGUUACUUCUCUGUUAGACCACCUGAACUUGUUAACAGUUGUUAUAAUUGUAGUCGUUCAUAAUGAGGGAUACAGGAAUGUUGGAUGACCUGUAGAAGCAGAGAUGGAUUUUUUGUAUUUCUCCAUGAGAGCAGGCCUCUCUAGAGAUUUGACUUUGAUUGGUUUGAGAUAUAAAAAAAAGUUUCUGGGUACCCAUUCAUUUUGUCAUACAGUACUUUUGCCCAUAUUUUAAAACAUAUACGGCUGGUUCACAUUUAUCUUUUGUUUUCAUAUGGAAAAAGCUACAUUUAUUGUAUCACCCUUUCCUUCUUUUCUCUGUUGCCUUCUUUCCCAGCAAUGUAUUGCACAAGUAUAAUGAGAAGUUGACUUCAGAAUUAUAUGGGGUACUUCACUUCUUUAUAUGUAAACCUCUAUGGUAUCUUGUUCAUUGUUAAUCUGUAUCAAUUAAUUAUUAAAGCAUUAAGUAUACGCCACUAUGUUUUUGUAAUACCAGCUAAAAGACACAUUCAAUAAACAAUGGCUGACUGAG